AUGAGUAGUGACGAUGAGUUUUCCGAGAGUAACUGUCGCAGUCGGGUUACUGGAAUUUGUGAUGAUUUCCAUUUGCCUUUUGAACGUCUUUGUACAAAAGAGCUUACUCUCUCCAAUCUGGUAAAUGAGGAAUCCGACAUUUACAAAAAAUCAAUAGAGAUACAUCGCAAUGAGACACUCGAGGCAGCAACUAAAGUGUAUCAAGAUCCAUUGCUGCUGCACUCGUGGGAUAACUUUAGACAUGCUGCGGAUCUACUGGCCGUAAUGCACCGUAGGAUAAAGCAACGAAUGAAUCGAGUCCUUGCAACAGCUUAUGAGAGUGGUUCAGUAGCCUUUUCAAAAGACUUUCUCAAUGAAUUUGGAAGGAUUCUGCGAAAGUCGAAUAAGUUUGUUGCCAAUAGACCCCUACCGAAAGGUAUGCUGGAUCCACUUUUAAUGGCACAAUCUGAUCCACCUCGUGGAGCUUUCAAAAGAAAAAGGCGAAUCUUGCGUAUUCGGCGUCAACAUCGGUCUUUCCAAGCUAAGAACACUGUCAUCGACUCGAGGUCAUCUUCUGGACGUCAUUUAAGCGAUAAUAUCCCACCAGCGCCAGAAAUGAGUCGCUUAUCUGAGGAGGAGGUGUACAGGCAGUCUAGAUCUCCUCUGUCGCCUCCGGUGCACUCUUCAAUGACUCCCGAGGAUUUUUGCAGUUGUAGUAGCCGCAGCAGUAGCUCAUCAUCAUCUCGAACUUCGAUUCCAUUUAGUUUUGUGCGCUAUUGGCUGUUUGACUUGUUUCGUGCUCCUCCCUGCGCCCCUUUUAUAUUUGAUAUUUUGACGUGUAUUCUCAACAUUCUCCUUAAAAUGGGAAGAAAGAAAAUCGAUAUCAAAAAAAUUAGCGACGAAAAGACACUUCUUGUUACUUUUGCGAAACGGAAAGUGGGCCUUUUUAACAAGGCUUUUGAGCUGAGUGAACUAUGUGAAUGCAGGGUGGCAAUCCUCAUCCUCACUAACAAGAACCGCAUGCACAAGUUCGCCAGUCAUGACCUAAGUAGCGUCGUGAAGCAAUACAAUGAUCGACCAAAUCAUGGAGAGCUCAUGACUAGCCAGGAUAUUAUCGAGCGUCGCAAAAAGAAGAAACAGUCAAAAUCCUCGCAAUCAGAGGACAGGCCGUUGAAUCAACAAAACUUAUCAAACUGUGAUUGUGGGACUAGUGAAUACGACGGAGGGAUGGAUGACGAAUCACUGGUUCCUACAGCUACCUCUACCAAUACCACUGCUAUAACUGCUCCUGUGGAUUAUGAUGGUCAAUUAGCUCAACUUGGACUUGCUCAGCACGAUGUAAGACCUCCCUUGAAGUCAUUCUAUCCAGCAGACGACACCGGAGAAGCGACGGAUGUUUUUCAGCAUCAUGCAAAUAACUACGCCCAGCAUUAUGAAUGUACCGUCGGGGCAGUUGAGUCUACAUCGCCAUUGAAAAUGGAGACGGAUAGGGAGCUCAACACAGAAGGUACAAAGCCUGUGCUGCCUACUGAUUUGACUCUCACUGGGGCUGCAUCGAUAUCCGACACGUUGGCCAAAAAACACCCUAGAGAGCGUCUGAAUCUGGGAACUUUGCGUACAAACCGACCACCUGCCUUUGGAGAUGGGUGCAAGUCCUUCGAUCCGACUAUCUCAUCUCCUCUUCCCACUAACAAAGGAAGAAUGACAUUAGUCGUUCGGGGCAGUACCACAACGGAUUCGGAACUCUGCACGCCAGAACCGCCUCCAAGACUAACACCGGUUAUAAUUUUGGAUAGUCCUGACUUACAUCUGGGGUGGAGACAUGUGAAUGCUGGUCCGACAUCUUUGUCAUCUUCUGAAGAGUUAAGCUCGACGAAGUCGACCAGUAGUGUUUUCAAAGGAGCUUUCACUCGAGUGGAUGAAUCAAAUCAAAGAUGUCUAAUAACUCCUGAUUCCGAGCAAUUGACGAUGGCUCCCUUUACGUAG